UUUUUAGGUCAUAUAUUUAUAUUCUCCUGUGGUUUAGGUGGGAUAGGUUUUGUCCACUUUGGAGCUGACCAGUGACCACUACAUGUAUCUUCCCACUUUUGACAUUUCGUGGGGAUAUCUCCAUGUUAUAUAAGUGGGUUUAUAUCAUAGCCAAAUUUAUCAUCACCCAACUUACCACAAUAUAUAAACUAUCAUACAUGAUACAUAUAUAUAUAUGUAUUGAUCAUUCACGACCAUCAUAUAGAGAUAUAGAUAUAUGUAUAUAUAUAUUCCAGCUAGCACAGCUAUAAAGGUAUUGAUUUUGAAGAUAUCUCAAACUAAAAGGAGUCUUCUCUUUUUUCUCACAUUUCUUUCUCCUUUUGGGGAUUAUUAAUAAUGGAUUCAACUGUGGUAAUAUCAAUUCCACAUGCGGAGUCUCAUGUUGUUGAAGCUGGAACAGUAGUAGCUCCAACAAAAAAGGAAAAUACUAGGAUGAAUUUAUUAAUUAAAACAAUUGCUUCUCUUAUUUCCAACACGGCUUCCUACGUUAGAGAAAAGACAAGAAGUAUUAAUAAGCAAAAGAUGAGAAGGGUAAUUCAUAGUGUCAAGGUUGGGCUUGCUUUGGUUUUGGUUUCUCUUCUCUAUCUCCUUGACCCUCUUUAUGAGCAAGUUGGAGAUAAUGCCAUGUGGGCUAUCAUGACUGUGGUGGUCAUCUUUGAGUUCUUCGCAGGAGCUACUCUCGGGAAAGGUUUAAACCGAGGACUGGGUACCAUAUUAGGAGGAGGACUGGGGUGUCUAGCGGCAUCUUUAGCUCAACAAGUUCAUGGAACUGGAAAUUCCAUCAUCGUUGGUACCUCUGUAUUUGUAUUUGGUGCGGGUGCAACAUACGCUAGAUUGGUACCUAAAAUAAAGAAAAGAUAUGACUAUGGAGCAAUGAUAUUCAUCCUAACAUUCAAUCUGGUGGUGGUGUCUGGUUUGCGUGCGGAGAAGGUCUUACAAUUGGCUCGUGAACGUCUCUGUACCAUAGGAAUGGGUUUCGCCGUAUGCGUCUUCAUAAGCUUACUCAUUUUUCCCACAUGGGCUAGUGAUGAACUUCACGACUCUAUAGCCUCCAACUUCAACCACCUUGCCCUCUCUCUUGAAGGAUGCUUGGAGGAAUACUUCAAACUAUCAUGCCAUAAGGAAAAUCAGUCUUCUAGUGCCAAAAGUUUCACUAGUAAUUGCAAAUUAGUGCUAAACUCCAAAGCCAAGGAUGAACAAUUGACAAAUUUUGCAAAAUGGGAACCUUGGCAUGGAAAAUUUGGGCUUUAUUACCCAUGGAGAAAGUACCUACAACUUGGUGACCACCUUAGAGAAUUGGCUUCCUCUAUCAUUUCCUUGACAAGUUGUCUCCAAUCCCCUAAACAGCCUUCGCCAACAUUGAGGCAGUUAAUUAAAGAGCCCUGCGAAGCAGUGGGGUAUUCACUUGGAUGGAGCUUAAAAGAGCUUGGAGAAAGCUUAAAAAAAAUGAGAAAAUGCCAGCCAGCUGAUGUAAUUUUGCCGAAGCUGAAGGCCAUGAGAAUAGAGCUUAGCUCAGUGAUUUCUGAUAGUCCUAAUAAUUCAAAGCUAGCUGGGAAGUUAGAGAAUGUCGAAGGACUUGCGGUUGCAACACUUGUUUUCUCCUUAAUGGAGAUAAUUGAAAAGGUCGAAGAUUUGGCUAAGGAGGUUGAAGACCUUGGUCAACUUGCUUUCCAUUAGUAUAAUUAUACAUAUUAUUAUAUAUUUAUAGAAAGCUUUCCCGAGCUUAAUUUUUCACUAUGUUAUUACUAUAUAUAUAUAAAUUGUAUGAUGAAGUGGUCAUGAUGAUCAUCUCGAGCGUAUAUGGCGUAAAUAAUUCUUUGGUUGGGAAAAUUUACAUUAGUGUAAAUGACUAAAAACCAAAAAAAAAAAAAAUAGAAAAAAAAAAAGAAAAGGAAGGUUUUUGGUGAUGUUGUUAUUAUUGUAUAUAUAGUGACUAAACUCUUGUAGAACAAAUCUAUCUGAUUGUAGCCAGUCAGAAAAUGGAGACUACAAUUUUAUGAAGUCCUCUGAGCUAUAAAUAUAUUCGAACUUAAUUUGUUUUUGCU